CUGCCGCUACUGAUUCUCCUAAUACUACUAAUACAACUACUGCCGCUACUGAUCCUCCUAAUACUACUAAUACAACUAUUAACGCUACUGAUCCUCCUAAUACUACUAAUACAACUACUGCCGCUACUGAUCCUCCUAAUACUACUAAUACUACUACUGCCGCUACUGAUCCUCCUAAUACUACUAAUACAACUACUGCCGCUACUGAUCCUCCUAAUACUACUAAUACAACUACUGCCGCUACCGAUCCUCCUAAUACUACUAAUACAACGACUGCCGCUACUGAUCCUCCUAAUACUACUAAUACAACUACUGCCGCUACUGAUCCUCCUAAUACUACUAAUACAACUACUGCCGCUACUGAUCCUCCUAAUACUACUAAUACUACUACUGCCGCUACUGAUCCUCCUAAUACUACUAAUACAACUACUGCCGCUACUGAUCCUCCUAAUACUACUAAUACUACUACUGCCGCUACUGAUCCUCCUAAUACUACUAAUACAACUACUGCCGCUACUGAUCCUCCUAAUACUACUAAUACAACUACUGCCGCUACCGAUCCUCCUAAUACUACUAAUACAACGACUGCCGCUACCGAUCCUCCUAAUACUACUAAUACAACGACUGCCGCUACUGAUCCUCCUAAUACUACUAAUACAACUACUGCCGCUACUGAUCCUCCUAAUACUACUAAUACAACUACUACCGCUACUGAUCCUCCUAAUACUACUAAUACAACUACUACCGCUACUGAUCCUCCUAAUACUACUAAUACAACUAUUAACGCUACUGAUCCUCCUAAUACUAUUACUCCUCCUCCUCCCACGACUAUUCUUACAACUCCUCAUCCUACCACCACUACUCAUCCUACUACUACUACUACUCAUCCUACUACUACCACUACUCAUCCUACUACUACUACUACUACUACCACUACUCAUCCUACUACUACUACUACUACUACUACCACUACUCAUCCUACUACUACUACUACCACCCCCCCCACUACCACUCCUCUGGUUUGUAAAAACGGUGGGAUAUCACUGAAUGGUGUCUGUAUCUGUCCUGAUGAAUGGACCGGAGCAACAUGCUCAGUAGGAAAUUUCUGUGAAGCAGAUAAGCUCAAUGAACACCUGUUCCCGCGCACACCCAUCGGCUGGUUUGCAUAUUCUGAGCAAAAAUGUCCCAAAGGAACAAGUGGUGCUGGUAAACCACGGGCUUCGACUAGAUGUUCCAUGAAGAACGGAACACUGAGUUUCGACCGUCCACCACAGGUGCUCCAGUGUGACCAGACGCUCAGUGACAUACAACAAAAUCUUACUAGUCCAGCUGAUUUAGAGAUGCUGGCGAGCAGCACUCAAAUUCUGACCUCCAACCCCGAAGAGCUAACGGCAGAAAAUGUUACAACUGCAGCUCAGAUUGCCAACACACUGCUGCUGUCUCCAAACGCCACAGAGACUGUCAGGGUGGCAGCAGUAGCUACAGUCAGCCAGCUGCUGAAUGCCAGCACGCCGGACGAUAGCCAGGAAAACAACGCUACUCUGGGCCUUACGGUGACCCUGGACCAGCUCUCUGUGAACCUCAGCCAAAGUCUCAACACGUCUCAGAGUCAAGUAGUCCAACCAAACCUGGUGGUCCAGUCGGCACAAAUCCCUGCUGCAGACACUCAGGGAGUCCAGUUCACCUCUCUCUCAGGAACGUCUGGCAGUUUUGUUGCUGACCGAAUUCAGCUGAACACCAACGUGUCAACAGUUGUGGUGGAAAACGGGUUCGUAGCCGACGCCCUCAUAUACAUAAGAUUCACACCAGAGGCUGUCAGUGGCCGUCAGAAGCCAUCAAACGUCUCGCUGGGUUUCGUCCUCUACCAGAACGACCGUUUCUUCAGGUCGAGGCGGUAUAGAAGGGGACGGGCCACCAUCAGGGUCCUGUCGGCCAGCGUUAGAGGUCAGGAGCGCAGCGUGGUGCCGCAACACGUGGAGAUGCUGUUCAGACCAACGAUGAUGAAUGGGACGUCUCUGUACGACUUCGCCUGUGUCUUCUGGGACUACAGUCUGCAGGACUGGAGCACUGACGGCUGCUCUAAAGGGAACGCUUCAGACGGAGUCCUGAGAUGUUUCUGCAACCACACCACCAACUUCGCUGCUCUCUGGUCCUUCAGAGAGAAAUAUCAAUAUGCAGAAGCACUGGAUGUGAUUUCUAUCGUUGGGCUUUCUUUUUCCAUUCUGGGUUUGGUUGUAACGAUCAUUCACCACAUUAAAGUGAACUUUCAGAAAAACUCUCGUGGGGUGCAGAACAACAAGGACUCCAAAAUCGCUCUGCUGUGCAUCUACCUGAGCCUGCUGGCCUUCAUCAUCACCUUCCUCUCUGGCGUUGGAAACUCAAGCACACAGAACAACGCUCAGGUGCAGGUCAACAGUCAGACCAACGUUAUCCCAGGGUCUGAUGAGCACGUGGAGCCGGACCAAGGCUCGUGCUCGGCGGUGGCGGUUCUGCUGCAGUUCUUCCUGUUAGCCACCUUCAUGUGGAACAGCGUGUACGGCACUCAGCUGGUGCUGCUGGUCCGGACGUUGCGCCGCAGUCUUCCUCCACACUGGACUAAACUCAGCCUCGCUGUGGGAUGGGGUGUCCCAGUAGUCGGAACAGCAAUCACACUGGGAGCCACCUACAGGGUUGACAAUCCUCUGGGAUACAGGCAGGAGGAAUUCUGCUGGCUCGCAGCUCUGGAUAAGGCCAAACGGUUCGACUUUGGGAAGCCGAUGUUUUGGGGUUUCCUGCUUCCAGUUGGUCUGAUUCUGAUCUACAACAUCGUACUGCUGGUUCUGGCCUCUCUGAUCACGUGCAGGACAGACCCCAAUCUGAAAAGCAACAACCGUCGGUCCUUGUGGAAGAAGUCCUCAUCAGCUUUUCUCUGUCGGUCUUACUGGGUCUGUCUUGGACUCUGGGGUACCUGGUGCUCGUCACUACAGGACACACCCACCUGGUCUUCAGCAUCGUCUUCUGCCUCUGUACAACAACACAGGGGUUUCAGAUCUUCAUCCUCUUCACGGCCAGAACACAGAGCUUCAGAGCCACCGUGUUGCGGUCUGCUCAGUACUUCUCAUCUGUCAGCAUCCAGCUCAACUACACAAAGUACAGUCUGUGGAAGAACUUAUGGAAGACGGCCAACUCCGAGUCCUACAGAGACCUGAGAAAC